UCUGUAUUGAUCAUUGCAUUGCAGAUCAUUUCCAAGCAAAUCGUCGUUGAGUACACAUCUGUCCUCUCCAUCUUGAUCAUCACCUUUGAAAUCGAGCAGGUAGAUACCUGAACUAUGAGGCCGGUGAGGGUCCUAAUGUACUCUUCAAAGUUUCGGAUAUUGAUGGUUGUCUUGGUGUUGCUGAUAGUGAUGCAGGUCUUCCGUAGUAUCUACUUUCCACUUAGAUAUGAGUCUCAGAUGCACGUGAACGUCACUACUGUAGGAGCAAUGUCUUCAGGUUUUUGGGCAAAAUGGUUGAGUCUUAAAGUACCCUGGGCUCACUCGAUGCCAGAGCUGUCAGGUAAUGUAAAUAAAUUUUUGAACUCGGCUUCUAAUAACCUUAUCACCAGAACAGCAACAGGUAAUGAAGGAAAGAGUUUUAAAGCUGGUGUAAAAAUGUCCAAGUUAUUUAACAAUGAGAAACAAACUUUAAUGGACCUUUAUAAGAUUUCCGAUACUUGUGAUACAGAAAAGAGCGCCGAACAAUCAAACAUACUUCUUGGUGGCAUAAAGACUUCAGCAAACGUAAUUGGUAGUGGUGCUGGUACACAAAGUAAACCUCUUUGCCCCGUUACACCACCUAACCUCAAGGGUCGUCUUAAGGUGUAGCGCACAUCACCAACCCUUCUUGAACAGGAACGCAGCCACCCAGAACUUAAGGUAGGAGGUCACUACACACCAGCGAAGUGCCAAGCUCGACACAAAGUUGCCAUCAUCAUCCCAUACAGAGACAGAGAGACACACCUGGCUGUGUUCCUCUAU